AUGGAUGGUUAUAAUCAGUCUAGCCAAGUAGUACAUCUUGACAUUACAAAGAAAGGCGAAGAAACCAUUACACCUGACGACCAAUCCAUCUCCUCACUUCAAAUUAAUUUCGAUUUUUCUUGUCGAUUUUCGUACCAUUUGAUCCAACUUAGGGAUUUACAGAAUGUUUCAACCGAAAUUCAUCCAUCUGUUACCCCAAAAUCUGUCUGUAUCAGCCAAGAGAAGUUAAACAGCGGAGACGAGGCUCGAGAAAUCAUCCUUAAAGCUCUCGAAUCUUGGCCGGUUCGGGAUUUUGAACGAGAAGAUUUGAUCCAGAUUGUGUUUCAUCGUACCAAUGAAAUUGCUAAGUCAGUGUCUCCAAACCGUAACUUUGUGUUUGUGCAUGUCCAUGUAAAAGUGUCACGUCUUCGGGUCGUCGAUGAAAGGGUUAUUUUUAAUCGGAUAUUGCAGCAGUCAAUGGAAGAAAAUUGUAAAAUGGUUCCCGCUAGUGAUUCGUCGGUCGAAUCCCUCGAGAAGAAGAGGCUAGAAUAUGAUGGUGUUGAGAGUUGUACGAUAUGCUUGUCCGAGUUUUAUCAGGGGUCGGAAGUUGUCACACGCAUGCCAUGCUCACAUGUGUUUCAUGAAAAUUGCAUCAAAAAAUGGCUAAAGACUAGUCAUUAUUGUCCCGUCUGCCGGUUCAAGAUGCCCACAAGUUAG